GGCGCCUCCCGCGGAGAAGUCGCGCCGACGGCCAUGAGUCCCGGUGGGUUGGCCGCGCGCCGCCUGUGUACGCUGCUGUGGCACGGGGUGCUCUGCCCUCGAGCUGGCCCCGCGGUGCCUUCGGUUCCCAGGCUUCCGCGGCAGACCGAGCGAUGGCCUCCGGCGGGGCCUGCGGCCUGCCUGACCCCGAGCCCGACGCGCGGCCUGCACCGUGGGCCUCAGCCGGAGGAGCCGACCGAUGGCGACGCUCGCCCGCAGCCGGCAGCCGCAGGUACGCGGACGGGACAGCAGGCGGACGGGCCCGACCCGGGAGGCCCUGGGCUUCUCUGCGAGACUCGGGGGUCACACUGGUGCCAAGUUUGACAUCGAUAUGCUGGUUUCACUUCUGAGGCAAGAAAAUGCAAGAGACAUUUGUGUGAUCAAGGUGCCUCCGGAAAUGAGAUACACAGACUACUUUAUAAUUAGUAGCGGGACGUCCACCCGACACUUACACGCUAUGGCCUACUACAUUGUGAAGAUGUAUAAACACCUGAAAUGUAAAAGUGACCCGUACGUCAAGAUCGAAGGGAAGGACACCGAUGACUGGCUAUGUGUGGAUUUUGGCAGUAUGGUGAUCCAUUUGAUGCUUCCAGAAACCAGAGAAACCUACGAAUUAGAGAAACUAUGGACUCUCCGUUCUUUUGAUGACCAGUUAGCUAACAUAGCAGCUGAGACGUUACCUGAGGACUUCAUUCUUGGACUGGAAGACACUGCAUCCCUGACUCCAGUGGAGUUCAAGAGCGAAUAAAACAAAGUCAAUGCCUUUAAUUCCUUAGGUGCAGCUGAGCCAUCUGUAAAUGCAGGUCAUGGCCCCAUCCACUCGAUCACUACAAAUCUUGUAUACCUCUUGGACACUCAUGGUGGUGACUGUGCAGAGACUAGAUAAAAUAGCUCACAGACAAAGAA